UGAUAAUAAUUUGCAAAACAAAUAACCUAGGACCAUAAACUUAAGGACAAUGAGAUAAAUGUUGGAUGUGUACAAUUAUAAAAAUAUUAAAUACAGACUUUAAAACUGGUUAAUUAUUAAUAAUAUUAUAUAUUCAUUUUUUGCCAUGGUAAAUAAAUGCAGUGUAGCUGGAUGCAAAAGUCUGUAUGUAAAGAAGGAUAAUGUCAAAUUGCACAGAUUUCCCUUAACAAAUUCAGAAACAUUGCCUAUAUGGAUAGCUGCUACUGGGAGGGAAAAAGGAUGGAAACCUUGUAAAAGUAGUAGACUGUGUGGAAAUCAUUUUCAAGAAUCUGAAUAUAUUGUUGGACAUGGAAAAGGAGUUUUGAAAGCUACAGCUAUUCCAACAAUUGAAUAUCACAUAGAUAACCCAAAAUACAGAAAAAAUAAGUAUUCAUAUUCAAAUAAUGAUACGGGAAAAAAUAAUAAACCUAAUCAAGUUGAAUCAGUGGAUUACUCAAAUGUUGAAAUUGUACAACUUAACUACAACGACAUUUAUGAUUCAAAAUAUGAACAUCGAAAUAAAGAUAUAACAGAUAAUACCAGUGUCAGUCAUGGAGAAUCAUUCUAUCAAAAUGAGUAUGAAGAAAUUAAAAGUAAUAAAAACAUUUCAACAGAAAAUAAACUUCAAAAUUCUACUAAUUAUAAGGAUAAUCAAAUGGAAGAUGAAUAUGAAGAUGAUAAUUUGAAUCACUAUGAAACCACACACAAUGAAGACGAAACUCAAAAUUCAAACUCUGAAAUUAAAAAUAUCUGUAAUAGAGAAAACCAAUGUUAUAUGUUUACAAGUAGUUUUCAAGAAGGCAUAGAACCCAUAAUUUUAACUGAUGACAAACCUUUCGAAGGACAAUUAAAUAUGAAUAUUGAAAAAUCAAAAGCGGAAUUGAAUUUCAAAAGAAUUAUGACCUUAAAAUUUAAAAGGGAACGACGUACUAAAGAUAUUUAUUCAUUAUAUUUUAAAUCAUUAAAAAAAAAACAAGAAAAUAAUACUGAUUAUGAUGAUACAGGAUCUUUUGGUGCUUUUAUUGAAGCUCAAAUGAAAGAAUUACGUCCUUAUAAAAAACUUUACUUAACUACAAAACAUAGAAUUCAAAAACUAAUAAUGAACGCACAACGAAAAAUAGCUAAUUGAAAAUAAUUUUAAAUUAAUUAAAUAUGAAAUCAUAUUAUCAUAAGUAGUAUAUGAUAAUUAAGUAUGAAUAUACAAAAUGGUUUAGCUUAAUAUCCAUAAUACAGCUAGCCAUUCUUUAUUUUAAAUAAUAUUGAUGUAGACAAUUUUUUAUUAUUA